AGCGCCGAGGCCGAAAGUUUCUCUGCCCGCCCGGUCCUGAAAGCCGGACCCGCGAGGGGCUGAGGCGCCGCGGCACCCACCUAGCCCGCCAGCUCUGGGAAGAGACCGGAAUGAGGCGCCAGACACACUGAAAAAGAAAUUUCCAAGUCAGCCUGAGGCGCAGGGGGCCAGUGAAACCCGGAGCAGACAGGCCCAGCUGCUUCCACUGUACCACUGAGGACAUGGAGACACAGAAAGUGUCAGCUACUAGCUGUCUACGGUUCUCCCAGGCUUUGUGAGGCCUUUGCUAUGACUGCAGUCUCUCUUGGAGCCAGGCCUGCCUCUUGCUGCCACAGUCACACCAGGUGCCUGCUCUGCCCUGCUUGCCUUUGACCCCGAGUCACCAUGGGCAGUGUGAGUAGCCUCAUCUCUGGCCACAGCUUCCACAGCAAGCACUGCCGGGCUUCCCAGUACAAGCUGCGCAAGUCCUCUCACCUCAAGAAGCUCAACCGGUAUUCCGAUGGGCUGCUGAGGUUUGGCUUCUCCCAGGACUCAGGUCAUGGCAAAUCCAGCUCCAAGAUGGGCAAGAGUGAAGACUUCUUCUACAUCAAGGUCAGCCAGAAGGCCCGGGGCUCCCACCACCCAGAUUACACUGUAUUGUCCAGUGGGGACAUGGGGGGCCCGCCCGGGCUGGACUUUGGCCCAUCCACCCCACCCAAGCUCAUUCCCUUCUCCAAUCAGCUAGAAAUGGGCUCAGAGAAGGGUGUGGUAAGACCCACAGCUUUCAAGCCCGUGCUGCCCCGGUCAGGAACCAUCCUCCACUCAUCCCCAGAGAGCGCCAGCCACCAGCUGCACCCCGUCCCGCCAGAGAAGCCCAAGGAGCAGGAGCUGAGGCCUGGCCUGUGCUCCGGGGCGCUGUCUGACUCAGGCAGGAACUCCAUGUCCAGCCUGCCCACACACAGCACUAGUAGCAGCUACCAGCUGGACCCACUGGUCACCCCCGUGGGGCCCACCAGCCGUUUCGGAGGCUCCGCCCACAACAUCACGCAGGGCGUGCUCCUCCAGGACAGCAACAUGAUGAGCCUGAAGGCUCUGUCCUUCUCUGAUGGGGGCAGCAAGCUGGCCCACCCGGGCAAAGUGGACAAGGGCCCCUCGUGCGUCCGCUCCCCCAUCUCCACUGAUGAGUGCACCAUCCAGGAGCUGGAGCAGAAGCUGCUGGAGCGGGAGGGCGAGCUGCAGAAGCUGCAGCGCAGCUUCGAGGAGAAGGAGCUGGCCUGCAGCCAGGUCUACGACGAGCGGCAGAGGCGCUGCGAGGAGCGGGACGGCCUGGAGCAGAAGAGCGGCGGCAGGCGGAAGCCCGCCUCCCAGAAGAGCCAGCGCACGCAGCAGGUGCUGCACCUGCAGGUGCUGCAGCUCCAGCAGGAGAAGCGGCAGCUCAGACAGGAGCUCGAGAGCCUCAUGAAGGAGCAGGACCUGCUGGAGACCAAGCUCAGGUCCUACGAGAAGGAGAAGACCAGCUUCGCACCCACGCUGGAGGAGACGCAGUGGGAGGUGUGCCAGAAAUCAGGGGAGAUCUCUCUCCUGAAGCAGCAACUGAAGGAGUCCCAGAUGGAAGUCAAUGCCAAGGCCAGUGAGAUCCUCAGCCUGAAGGCACAGCUGAAGGACACAAGGGCCAAGCUGGAGGGCCUGGAGCUGAAGACGCAGGACUUGGAGAGCGCGCUGCGUACCAAGGGCCUCGAGCUGGAGGUCUGCGAGAAUGAGCUGCAGCGCAAGAAGAACGAGUCCGAGCUCCUGAGGGAGAAGGUGAACCUGCUGGAGCAAGAGCUGCUGGAGCUGCGGGCCCAGGCCAGCCUGCAGCGGGACAGGGAUGGCACGGGCCUGGGGCCUGCCUUCUCGGAGGACAUCCCCGCCCUGCAGCGGGAGCUGGAGCGCCUGCGCACGGAGCUGAAGGAGGAGCGACAAGGCCACGACCAGAUGUCCUCAGGGUUCCAGCACGAGCGGCUGGUGUGGAAGGAGGAGAAAGAGAAGGUGAUCCAGUACCAGAAGCAGCUACAGCAGAGUUAUCUCGCCAUGUACCAGCGGAACCAGCGUCUCGAAAAGGCCCUUCAGCAAAUGGCCCAUGGGGAUGGUGCAGGGGAGCCUUUCGAGAUUGACCUUGAAGGGGCUGACAUCCCCUAUGAGGACAUCAUUGCCACAGAGAUCUGAAGGGCCUCCCGAGACAGGGAGAGACAGGAACCUGGUAUUAGGUGGCAGGGGUGCUGAGCCCUCCCCAUACUCCUGCUCAGUAACCUGGGCCCUUGGAGAGAUGCCCUCCACCCCAGGGCGAAGGAAGCAGUGGAGCAGCUAUGUGCCCCUCCCCCGCCCCCUUGCUGAUCUCCAGAGCUUCCGGCCCUGCAGUCCCCCAGAGCGCAGGCGCUGACUCCAGUUUUCUGAGAGGUGAGCCCAGGGAGCCUCAUCGUUUGGUGAGAUGCUCCCUAAACCUUGGCUUUCAUUCAGAACACAGAGAUGCCCUCUCCAGGCUUGGUACCGUGAAGCCAUGGCUGCCCUGAGGACAGAAACCCCACGUGUCUCCUCCCGCACCCCUGUCUGUCUGGGCUGCUCAGAGACGCCUUGGAAUAGAAGGAAACCACCAAGACAAGAGUGAGAAGAGUCUUGGGACCUGACCCAGUCACCAUUCUCCUGAGCUGUUUGCCUCUGGCUGUGGGGGGCUUGGGGUGGGUAUGGAAAGCAUAGCUCAGCAAAUCAGACUUGUCAGACCCUGGAACACCAAAAAUCAAGGGGGACACCGGGCAGCCCAGGCAUCUAGAUCGUGUGAGACCCAGCGGGACCUCAGGGAGACCCCAGGGGGUGAUGGCCCCACAAGCUGGAGGUGACCAGGCUCUGGUGGCUGCUGGCCUUCCCCUCAGUGACCACCUGUCAAAGCCAUGGACGACGAGGCACUGGGGUGGUGCUGGGAAGGGAAGGUUGAAGCCACCUGGCACAGGGAGACAUGACUGCCCAUUGUCCCGGGAAGCACCUCCUGAUCUUGCUCUUAGGGCCAGAGUAGGGGUUUCCCUACCUGACUCCAGCUGGCCAAUGGCUGCUGUAAACUGUUUUUGCAGAAUAACUUCAGCCCUUUAGGACAUGCAGGGGUGCGUGGCCUCUCCCUUCCGCUGCCUGGGGUCUCUCAGUGGCACAGCGGCGUCUCCAGGGCUGAGUUAGUCAACGGCAUAGGUCCGGGGCUUCCAGCCCCUGGACAGGCAGAGCAGGAAGCUCAAGCACAGGCUCUGAACAGCCCGUGGCCCAUGGCUACCUCUUCAUCCUCUCCUGAGCCCCUUUGAGAAGAAUCUGGGGCACUGCAGCCCCAGGGCCCAGCAGCUCCCAAGGAGGGCUCCUCUCUGAAGACGUGCAGAAGGAAGAGGAGUUGCUUGGUUCAGGGAGUUUUUUUUUCUGUCUUGUCUUUUGAGAAGCCAGCCAGAUCUCGCAGGCAGCCAGGCUGUUUCAUGUUCUAUUUUUGCUCUACCACAGCUGCCGUUCUUAGGACAGCCAGCCCUUGCUGGAUUCCCGAGCUUCGUGCCGCAUGCUGAGAGUGGAAUGGUGAGGUGGGAGGGGCAAAAACUCUGGAAACUCAGCAUGUGGAGGACCGAAAGGAUUCUGCCUCCAGACCAGCCACCUGUCCUUGUAGGAAUCUGGCGUAGGAGCAGCGAGCUGCUUCACGUCCGUCUUCUCCUGCCCAUGUCCCAGCGGCCCACCACAUUCCUUCCUGAGCCUCGGCUGAGGGCAAGACCAGCUUCCCUUGUGGUUGUCUUGGUUUUCUGCUGCCUUCACAGGACAGAGGUGGUGUUCUGGAAUUCAGGCCAUUGCUUCGUGAUCAGCUAGAUUUGUACCUGAAAUCAAUAGACCAAAAGUCCUUCACCUCCUGGAGGGCACCGCCCCCCCCAUGGGCACAGUACUGACCCCCCAAGUCAAAGAUGCCCCUUGUGCCACAUUCCUUGUGCCACGGCCCCCGGCUCCUCCAUUUCCACCAGUCUGUGCCUUGUUGAAGUCCUUUCUCACAGUGAACCUGCCCAUGGGGUAGCAAAAGGGGCUCCCCCAUCUGGAGACACCCUGCCAACAUCCUCCCUCCUGAAGGGCAGCCAGAGUCUCAGCCCUCAGCCUGCAAGACCUCCCCUGAGAUUCUCGAGGCAGUGUUAAGCCCAGGGGAGGGAGCUCCCGAACACAACCUGGGACUCACCUCAGUGUGACCAUGCUGUGUACUCCCACAUCCCCAUGGCCCUGAGCCAGAUCACCCCACAGAACCCCCCGACUGCCACCAGCCCAAGGCCUAGGUAGCCGGGGGUGAUGUCAGAGUGCAGCAUUAUCCCAUGACAUAGUGAUUUGCCACCAUGUGGUUUUUCUCCCCUUCCCUGUGGAAAAGCUUCCUUACUGUGCCUGGGCGAGACCAAGCCCAGGGUCACUAGAAGAAGGCACUGAAGAGCGAGGUCACCUCAGAGCAGGCAGGCGGGGGGCCAACAUGAGCUCUCUACCCCUCUGCCAGGCCCACUCUACUCCCCCAAGGGGAUCUGUCCCAGAAUGCUCCAGCUAUCUGCAGACCAGUGUCUGGUCAGCAAGAGGGGACUCUGCUCUGGGCCUUGGGAUGACCAGACCUUCGCAGGAGAUCUGCAGGUAUCUCGCUACUGACUUUGGGCCCUCUGAGUGAACUGGGGCCAGACUCACUAGCCCCCAUGGCAUUGAGCUCUGUGGGGACCAGGGGGUGCUCUCUCCCCAGAAAAGGGCUCCUGGAGCCCUGGCCCCUGCCAAGACUCUUGUCUCUGCCCAGGGCUAAGCCAGGUGGGGAGUCUGGGAGCAGCAGCUGUGGGAGAGGCUUCCUGUGGGCCCUGGUUCCUGAGUGGGUGCUGCCAUGCAGGAGGCCACAGCCCUGCUCACUGGACACUCCUUGCCCUGUGUGGUCAGCCUUGGCAGGGCUGGAGCCGGUCGGGGCUGGCUUGAAUUGUAUAUAUGGUUUUUCCUCUCGGUUGUUUCUUGUUCGGUUUGCUUCACUUUUGACAGCUUUGUUUUAUGUUUUGAUGCCCCUUUUUGGCCAUGUAAACUAUUUCUGGUAAUUUUAUGUUUUUAUUUAUGAAUA